AUGGUAGUUUCAUCAAAGAACCAUGAAUAUACUUUUGUCGCAAAUCCGCCAACAAUUGCUCCAAAUGCUCAUGAAUUUGUCAAUUUUGCAUUGAAAUAUCAUGGCAAUGCAUGGACUACGGCUGCAGCAUGUACUCUAUCAUGGCGACGCUCAAAUCAUGUUGCAGGUGGGGAAAUAGCAGUAGGUUUUCCAAAGAGAUGGUUACUAGGGGAGGGUUAUUGGAAAACAGAAGGUGAUAAAACGUGUAGAAAUGAACGUCGAAAGAUGCUAGCAACUGCAUUCUAUAUAGCUACACAUGCUAUACCUGUGCAUUCGGUGUUAGCUCUAAUGAUGCCAUUAGAUCCAGCACAUUGGGUACAUUUAGAUCCAUCAUCGGGGUGUAUUUGGGAUUGGGAAAUGGGUGCUUCCACGGUCCCUAUGAAACCCCGUACUUAA